UUUCAUAGGUUCAAGGUUCUGUAGAGCACUUUCAGGACAGUUGUAAAGGCGCGAUAGGUUGGUUAAAUUCCUGGUUGUCGAUCACAGCAUUUGAAGAGGGCUGGGGGUUGUACGCUGAGAAUCCAUUGAUUGCAAGAGAUACAGACACCUAUGAGAACGAACCCUUCCAAAAAUAUGGCAUGCUGAAAUGGCAGGUUUGGAGAGCGCUUCGUUUGAUCGUUGAUACAGGACUUCAUUACAAAGGUUUUUCUCGUCAGAAGGCGUUGGACCUCUUCGCAGAGUACGCAUGGGACACCUCGGAUGGUGCACAAAAGGAAGUCACACGUUACCAGAGUGAUCCAGGACAGGCUACAGCAUAUAUGAUUGGUCAGCUACACAUCAUGUCACUUCGAGACUACGCCAAACAGAAACUCAACGACAAAUUCAACUUGAAGGAUUUUCACUUUUAUCUUCUGUCUCAAGGAUCGUCUCCCCUGAGCUACUUGAAAGAUAGCAUCUACAAGUACGUGGAUUGUACGCUGAACAUGGGCAAGGGAGAUGGCUGUAAAGAUGUCCUGUAUCCCGUUGCUAAGGAACCAGUCACAACUGCACGGAGGCAAGGCAUUGUGGGURAUGUAGACUGGACCCACAAUCCUCCACGAAGACCUCUGCCAAAAAAUUACUUUUAACGACGUCUCGUAAAACCACUUAACUAUAAAAUAACAAUAAUGAUAAAAAGGUAAAUCAUACACCGUGAAAAGAUGAAAAAACCUACUGACGUUUCGGACGUUAGUCCUUCCGACGACUAGAGAAAUUUAUUCGUAUGUUGCUUUUUGAGGAACUUUGAAAAUGUCUUUGGCAAAUUCAUUUAGAUAUAUUUUAAUACUUAGAUAGGGUUAGAUAGGUGUUCCCAAUUAGUUUACCCACAUGUAAACUAGGUAUCAUUGACACAUUAAUAAAGCUUAUUAUUAUUA